AUGUUUGCGUUUUCAGCUGCGCCUCUGCUUCGCACGGGGAAAGUCUCGUUGCUCAUUGCUGCUAAACCGAGCUUUCGUCCUUGUGCCUGUAACUUGUCUGCGAAUUCGUUUGGGGAUCGCAGCGUUUGGCGGCGAAGCGGGCAUCAGCGAACGCAGAACGCGCGUCUUGUGAGCGUGAACGCGUCACUGGACCCUGUGAACGAGAAGGACACAACGGCAGAAGCUUCGCUGCCGCCCAAGCCGUCAAAACCUCCAGGCGUCACACGAGGGCAAGUUAUUGUCGGCACGCUCGUAGGGUGCGUACUUCCUUUUGUUCUGUUUCGAGCGCUGGAGCGCUUACCGGGUCAAGAUGCGGUCUCGGCUGGUCGAUGGACAGUCGCUGGGAUCACAGUCCUAACCGUAGGCUGGGUUGCGACCUAUUUGACGCGUGUGGGUACGAAGCGCACCACCUAUGCUCAGCAGCUGCGGGCAUACGAAGAUGCUGUCCUUCGCAGGCGACUAGCAGAGCUGAGCGAUGAGGAGUUGCAGGUGCUCCUAGCGGACGGCGAUGAUGGCGAGAGUACGGGCCCAGAGCGCUCUUUUGAAUCAGGUGCAGCUUCGAGUUCAUUGUCCAAGUCACCAGAGGAGCCAGAUCGCCGGAAGUGA